CUUUAUUCUAUAAAGCACUGAGCCAGGGACCUUGAAGCCUCAGUCCUGUGUUUGUGGCUUGACUCUGAACUCUACAUUGUGUCAUGAGAGUACUCCUAAUUGUAGCAGUGCUCUGCCAGGGGCUAUUUGCCUCUGACCCAACAGUCUGCAAGCUUUAUACAGGCCAAGCUGGUGCUGAUGAGGCCGUAUACCUCAUUAACAAGCUACACCAUCAUGGAUACAAGUUCAAAUUAGACAGCUUUACAGUGGAAGAGAGUCCUCCAAGUCUGCCUUUGUGUCUAACUCAUUUGACUUUGACGUUAAAAGAGACCACGUGCCAUAUUGUGAAUCCAAAGCCUUUUAAUGAAUGUGAGGUUCGGACUGAGACUCAAACGCCAGUAACAGCAAACUGCAAUGUCACCAUGUGUGAUGGUGAAGAAACCCCAGGCAUCUCACGGUUAAUCUGCGAUACUGAGCCAGCUUCAAGUCAACAACUAACACGAAUCUGCCCUGAUUGCCCGACUCUUCUGCCCUUGCAUGAUCCGGAGGGUUUGAAGAGUGUAAACGCUGCCAUUGUGAAGUUCAACAAAGAGUCCAAGCUAACCUCCUACUUUAAACUAUAUGAAGUUGGCAGACUGAGUACCCAGUACAACAUGAUGUUUGGAAUGUCUCACUUUGCUGAGUUUGCAAUAGUAGAGACUGAAUGUGAAAACAAAGUGGAAAAAGAAGAAAAAACUGCUUGCAAGCAAAAAUGCUCAAACGAAACUCAUUAUGGCUUCUGCAAAUCCACACAACUUGGAAAUGGUGAGCUGACUGUAAAUUGUGAAGUCUAUCAAGUCCAGAACACAACACAUCAUCCAUUCCACCAUGGAAGGGGCUGUUGGCACCAUGAAAAACACAGACACCAUGAGCGAGGUGAACAUGGCAAACGCCCAGGGCACCAUGAGCAUGGAGGUCAUAAAGGCCAUCCAAAGCACCCUGCACAUCCUCAACAUCCCGAGCAUCCAAAGCAUCCAGAGCAUCCAAAGCAUCCAGAGCACCCAGAGCAUCCAGAGCAUCCAGAGCAUGCCAACCACACUGGUCCACCAAGCCAUCGAUUCUGCUUUACUCGUUCAACUAAAGGUCCUUUCUCUAAAGGUCCUCAUCAUCGUGGAGGUCCACCUCAUCAUGCGGGCCCCCCUCAUCAUGCAGGCCCACCACAUCAUGCAGGCCCUCCUCAUCAUGCAGGCCCUCCUCAUCAUAAAGAGCAUGGAAAACAUGACCAUGAUCAUAAGAAACCUCACAGUAAGCCCAACGACAAACAACCACCGCAGGCAGAGUCUGAAGUUCAACCUACUCCUCCAGUCUCAGAGAAAAGCCUAGAUUUCUCUUUCAUGCAUUGCCAUGGUGCGGUGAAAAUACCACCCUCCAUCCAUCCUAUUUGCCCCUUCCCUCCUUUACUGCGCAGGGGGGAUCAUCAUUAAAGUUGAACAUUGCAGAGGAUUUUCCUCUUAUACAAUUUGAAGUCGAAAUGUUAAGCAAAACUUUAAUUCAAAUAAACAUCAAGCUUCUGGUUUACACACUGCUACAAUUUGUUUUGUUAAACAAAUGAAAUGACAUAUUCAAUAAACCUCUUUUAUUAACAUCAAAA